AUGCGCGUCUUACUUACCGGUGCCGGUGGCUUCGUCGGUCAAAUCACAGCAAAGGCAUUACUAGACGAUCCCAAGGUCACCGAGUUGAUAUUGACGGACAUUGUCGAGCCGCCAGUACCUCACGAUGCCAAAUAUCGAGAUAGAGCAACUGUCGUCAAAGCAGACCUCCACGAUGCAGCCAACGACCUCGCCGCAAAGAAGCCUGAUGUUGUACUUCUGCUCCAUGGCAUCAUGUCUUCGGGUGCCGAGGCCGACUUCGAGCUGGGGUAUCGGGUGAACGUCGACGCCACACGCACGCUCCUUUUUGCUUUGGCCAGAGGGCGCCCCGGGGUGCGGGUGAUCUACGCCUCCAGUAUCGCUGUCUAUGGCUCGCCUUGUCCGAAGAGAGGGCUGACCGAGGAGACUCCAACAACGCCUGAAUCUUCCUACGGCUGCCAGAAAAUCAUCUGCGAGACGUACAUCAAUGAUCUGACACGUCGAGGCAAGAUUGACGGACUGGUUCUGCGAUUUCCAGGCAUUACUGUUCGUCCGGGCAAGCCAGCGGCUGCGGCAUCGUCGUUCAUGUCAGGGAUCAUCCGGGAGCCGAUGGACGGCAAGGAGUGCGUCGUGCCCACCACAAAUCGUACGUGGCGCAUGUGGGUCUCAAGUCCGGGGACAUUAGUCAAGAACAUUCUGAUUGCAACACGUCUGGACACAUCAAGUCUGGCGCGCCAUCGACGCGUUGUGCUUUUGCCGGGUUUCGCAACCACCAUUGAUGGUAUGCUGGACGCUCUGGCGAAGGUCGGAGGCAAGGACAAGUUGGAUUUGGUCAAGCUGGAGGAAGACGCUUCGCUAAAGCCCUUGUUUGAUUCGUGGCCGGAGGAGUACGACAAUUCUUUCGGCUUGGCUCUAGGCUUCAAGCAGGACGAUUCCUUUGUCACAGUGGUGCAGGAGUACGUUGACGGGCUUAAGCAGACGAAUGGAACAGCUCACUAG